CAGAACGUGACAGCGCUGCAUGCCGGGAAGUCUGUGAGAGUACACAGCAUGGGAAUAUUCAUUAAAUUAAAGGUCUGGCUGAGAGGCCUGCUCUACUGUGCCCCUUAGCAACAGUAACCAUGGUGACGCCGAGCUUCCUUGCAGAGGGCGUGACUUCCUUCCUAUGCAGCUAAUGGGCGCGUGUGUUUAGGAUGACGUCACUGUGCUCCGGCCAGUGGGAGCCUGCGCUUGUGACGUGGUUCCCGGGCAGCAGGCAGCGUGUGGCCGUGGAGGGCUUCUGCUGGCACUGCCUUCUGUAGGGCAUGUGGGCGCCCUGGCUGGCGAUAUAUCACGACACUGUGUGGGAUACUGAAACUGCAAGCUGAUGGACCCCAGUAGGAGUCAGCUGGACUCAGACUUUUCACAGCAAAAUACACCAUGCCUCAUUGUAGAAGACUCUCAGCCCGAAAGUUUGGGAACAGAAGAUGAUCUGGACCGUGCACGUUUUGGUCUGCUUCCCCAGCAUCUUCCACAUCUGGAAUCACAAGUAGAAAGCCCUGUCAUGGAUUUUGUGCCUGGUAAACCUUCUAUCGGCAUUAAAGAAUGCAUAGAAAUACAUGAGCCUUCAAAGGAAAACCAUCUAGUGACUAUGGAAAAAUCGCAUACACCAAGUGCUGAUCGUGUUCUUAGCCAAAUAAUUGAGCAAAUUCCUUGUCCAACAAACAAAAUCAGUGACUUCAACUGUGGUGAAAGUAAUGAACUUGAAGGCGCAGGUGACUGCAGUACACAGUCAUUACAAGCUGAAGAUUCUGGAACGUCGCAGCUUGCAUUCGGAGUCCUGGAACUAUCCCAGAGUCAAGAUUUUGGAGGCCAAAGCACAAGGGAGGAUGAUGGAAUGGUUGUAGAAAACAUAACCAACCCUGAACCUCAGACACUUGAAUGUAACCAAGCAGAAAUCCAUAACAUUGGUGCUCAAACUAGGGAAGAAGUGAGUGGUACAGAAUGGACUUUGGAAGAGUUUAAACGACAACAGGAGGAAGUAUGUGCUAAGGAGACCUCUAGCAAUCCAAGUGAAGACCAAAUGUGCACAGCUGUAAAACCCAACUCUGAUGAAAGAGAUCAGCCAAGUCACCAAGACAUAAAGGCAAAAGUGGAAUUGUGCUGUACAAAUGAGGAGGAGGAGGAAAUGGAUACUUCUGAUCUUGUCUCUAGUCAGGAAGACCUAUUUGGGCAGCCCAAUAAUGCAGAAUCUCAUAUCAGUCCUGCUGCAAACAAGAUUGUCUCUACUCCAGCUGACACACUGCGCCUCCUGCAGUUCUCAGGACAGGCCAUCCUUACACCUGUGAAUGUCUCAGAAGUUUCCUCAGACCCAGUUUCUCCUUCCCCAGAUGCUAUCCAGCCUACUCCCAUCAUCCUGCCUAGCUCACCCUCGGAGCAGGAAAAAGGAGAAGUUGAAGACAUGGAAAUAGCUGCAUCACCAAGUCUACCAGUGGAGAAUAGAGAAAAGGAAGAAGCAACACAAUCUAAAAAUGAUUCAUGUUUAGCUGUACCUCAAGUGUCAACGCCAGUGUGCCAAAACACUCCAGCAUUUGUGCCAGGAUCUUUUGUGAUACCUUCACAGCCAGAGUUUUCUCAUGAUGAGUUUGUACCCACUCCGAGCCUUGAAGACUCUGUUUCCAGAGAACAAAGUGAAAAAUUGCAUUUGUCGAAGAAUUGCGAAAUUCCCAAAGAUUCUAGUUUGAAGUCUGAAAAUCUUGAAUUAAACCCAAGAUUGUCCCAUGACAAUGCAGAAGAUGAAUGUAAUUUAAUGUUAUCCACAAGUGAACUUAUGGAAACAGAUGUCCCACACGUUGAAGAUAUUAGUGGAGCAACACAAAUUGAAGAGGAUAAACAAACAACUCCCCUUUCUGAGCCUACAAAUGAGACUCCUGUACCAGCAGAUGUUCUAGUAGACCAAGAUGCUAUACAUAAGCAGCACAGUGUACUGGCCCAUGAAGACCCUUCCAAGAAGAGUGAACAAAGUGCCAUUGUAAAUGUUGAUGUACAUGACAAUAAAGAUUGUAUUAGCCAAACAAAUGAUCCUGGCAGUCAGAAUGUCUUGAUGCCAUCCUUAAAUUCAGAGGCUUCUUUGAGCAUUUUAGAUCAGGAGGUAUCUGACCACAAGUUACAUUUAUCUGUGGAGAGUUUUUCUGGAGAGGUUGAUGAAGUUCCUGAAACCCCUAAUGAAGAUGAAGCUGCACAAGGCAAUCUCAACCUUGCUCUGUCAGAGACUCAGGCUCCACAUCUGUGUUCUGAUGGUGUGGAGCCCUUGGGGACUAUUGAAGCCAUGGAAGUUGAUCAUUGCACAGAUUCGCAAGCUGUUGAAGGAAAACCAGAUGAUGAGAAUGUUGAAGAAAAUGAAUCCGGUGAUCUAAAGCACAUAAACUCUGUGCCUUGUAUAUUGCCUUUACAUUCUGAUGUACCUCUUCAAACUGAAAACAAUGAAUGUGAAAAGUCUGCAGGUGCAGAUGAGGGACUUGUGGUUGCUCCCCCAAAUGCCCAACAGAAUGCAGAAGAGCAAAAAACUAUUGUUGAAGUUUUAGAAAAGCCAAAGCAAAUCUGUGAUGUAGGCCACAUUAAAGGGAAAUCAGAAGAGAAAACAGAUGAUCCUGUGCCUGUCGGAAGUGAUUGUAACAAGUCAUUAAGUUUUCCAGCGUCUCUCCGGUCGACUCAACAUCUUGCAGUCCACCAUGCUGACCUGUCUGUAGCGCCAAAGGUAAAUCAAGAGCUCAUUGUAGAAGAUGAAAAUGAGGAGCAAUCUGUGACUGUAACACCAGAGUAUGUUAAACCAAUAGACCGAGAGUCCAAUUUGACUGAACAGGUUAAGGGACAGCAAGAUUGUAUCCUGCCCGAAGAGUCAGAUAACCUAAGUGUUAUGGAAAAAUUAACUCAAAAAUAUCCAGAACCUCUUGAAAAAACAGAACAGGUUGAAAAGCAAGAAAAUAAAGUAAUCUGUGAAUUGAAUGUAGAAGAGGCAAGCAAACAAUGUAGACUUGAUGUAGUAGAAGAUGCUGAAAAUCCACAAGCUAAUAGUCAGCUAAAGUCCUUUUCAAAAGAGAUCCCUGAUUCUGGAAAGAAAAUGCAGCUAGAAUCUUUACAAACUGAACUAAAAGAUGUAUCUCCAAGUGAACAAGAAAGUCCAUGUGAACCUCCAUUACUGGACUUGAACUCAAAAUCUGUGAGUGAGAAACCUAAGGAGAUAAGUCCUCAAAGAACAGAGCCUAUUUUGGUUAGUGAGGUUUCUGGACAUCAGCAAGAAGUACAGGAUAAACUUGAAUCAAUAUCUCCUCAGAAAACUGUGCUUAACAAAUGUAUAAAUGAGGCAUCCAUUGGCUCUUGUGAAGAGGAGGCACAUGGGCCAGAUUCGGAAUUUCAGGAGAAAACAGAACAGUCCACUCGUAGUCUCUGUGAAAGCUCAAGUGAAACACCAUUCCAUUUUACACUGCCAAAGGAAGGGGACUUAAUUCAGCCAAUAAGCAGUGUUACCCCUCCCAUGAUUGGCCAAUUGAAACGGGGACCAAGAAGACAUAGUACCCCAAUUGUUGUUGGAGGCUGUCCAGAUAGCACCCUGGCAACCAGUGAUGUCACUGCUGAGAGCAAUGUAGCGACCAACGAUGUUACCGUAGAGAGUGCCAUGGUAACAACAGAUGUGUCUGAGGAAAGCGACAGGGGAAAUUCUGGUUCUGGCUCCGAUGCUGAUGGGAAACUCUGUCUGAGAAUGAAACUCAUCACACCUGUAACUGAGGAGAGUGAAAGUGCGCCACAAUUUAGCUUAGAAAAACCUUCUGUUUCUGAGAGAACAAAUGGAACAGCCACAGCGGAGGGGAGUAUACCCAGUAGCACAGAGAACUCCCCAUCCGUAUUUGUGCGUGUAUCUGAAGUCCAUCGUGAAGAAGAGUCCAGAAAUCAUCAGUUGCCCACUACACCAGUCCGGGGAAAUCCAUUCUCCAGCAAGGAAAAGGAUGGAACAUCACUUGCGUCUCAAAACAUGAAAGAAAUACGCAGUGAACCGGUUGCAGAUCUUCACUCUAUACCAGAAAGUUCUGUUGAGGACUUAUCCUGUGAUCAGGAGGCCAUGGAAACCGAGCAUAGUGUAGAAGAAAAUCAACUAAAUGUUGGAGAAGAGACUGAGCGAGACAGAAAAAAUACAUCUGCUCAUUCUCCUUCUCAACAAUUGGAUGCUGAGGAAGAUUUAUCAUUUGGUUAUAGAAACAAAGAAGUUCAAACUGUGAAUGUAGAAGAUAACAAAGCCCUAGUUGUGUCAGCUUCAACCCAGACAGAUGUAUCUAGCCCAAAAACAAACCCUGGGGAGGGGUCUGGUCUACAAAAGAAAGAACGGAAGCAGAAUGAAAAAUCAGAAACCAUGCAAAAACAGGGAGACGACACAGACUCUGUGCACAGUCAGGGAGAGGAUGAUUUUGAACUACCUCGACCUCCUCCUGGCCGCAGUGUUCAUCGACAUGUUCGCACAGUUCGAGAAGUACGCACCGUGGUCACUCGUGUUAUCACAGAUGUUUAUUAUGUUGAUGGUGCUGAAGUGGAGCGCAAGGUUGUGGAGGAAGCCGAAGAGCCAGUAAUAGAAUGUCACGAAUAUGAAAACGAAGUGUCACCUUCCAGGACAGUUGUCUCUUCUCUGACCUCUGGAGAUCUUGCAGAUAUUAGUUCCUUUUCAUCAAAAGCUUCAAGUCUUCAGCGGACUUCUAGUGGAGCAAGCAGUGGCCUUUCUGCUGGGCAAAGCACUAGUGGUAGUUCUGACCGUGGGAGAUCAACUGCAGGCAAAGGAAAAAGUGGUCUGCUGGAAGUUGGAGACUUUGCUAUACCAAGUGGACGAGGAAAUGUUGGAAAACUAAGUCCAAGGAAAGUGGCCAGCCAGCUAGGACCAUCACACCGAUUGGGAAGACAAACGGGGAUGCAAGUAAGUGAAGAUGAUGCAGAUGUACCGCUUGGAAACAGACCCGGGGCCAAAGCACCCCUUACACCACGUGGAAGAGGGAGGAGGGGGCGUCCUCCUUUUCGAGGAACUGGAUCAAGGGAGACUGGCACAGUGGCCCAGGCACAUGGGGAGGAUUCCACUGCUGCUGCCAUUCCAGAUGAGGAGCCAUUUACCCGCAUAAGUAUUGGUCAUCCAGAAGCUCGUGACAAAACAAGCCCUGGAACAGCUGUUACACAUCGCAGUGACUCUCCUGAGAUCCCAUAUCAAACUCCAUCAAGGAAUGAAAGCCUGGACUCUCCAACUGGCAGUAGUUUUGUGGGGCUCAGGGUUGUGGCUAAAUGGUCCUCCAAUGGCUAUUUUUAUUCGGGCACAAUAACUCGGGAUGUUGGAGGAGGAAAAUACAAGCUGCUGUUUGAUGAUGGGUAUGAAUGUGAUGUUCUAGGAAAAGACAUUUUACUGUGUGACCCUAUUCCUUUGGACACCGAGGUCACAGCCCUCUCUGAAGAUGAAUAUUUUAGUGCAGGAGUAGUAAAGGCGCACAAGAGAGAUUCUGAAGAACUAUAUUAUUGUAUUGAAAAAGAAGGUCAGAGGAAAUGGUACAAAAGAAUGGCAGUCAUACUUUCUUUGGAACAAGGAAAUAAGCUACGGGAACAGUUUGGGCUUGGCCCAUAUGAACCUACAACACCAUUAACAAAGGGAUCAGACAUAAGUCUUGAUAAUCUUGUGGAAGGAAAGCGCAAACGGAGAAGUAACUUAAGUGUGACAAGUACUCCAACCACCUCACUUACAUCCAGCACAAGUACACCAACUCGGAAAGGAUCAGAGAACCCUCGCAGCUCUCUGGGCCCACUCUCUGGUAAACGGAAAUUGAUCAGUUCAGAUGAUGACAAAUCUCCAGCUAAACGUGGACGCAAAUCAAUUAUGGGAAAGUCUGAUGCUGCAAAAGGAGACUUUAUGAGCCCCAGUGAAAGUGGAGACACUAGUGACCAAGCAGCAAUCGAGGAGUCACAUGGACCUUUACCCCAGAGUAAUUUGUUGUUCACGGGCUACUCAGUCUUACUUACAACCGCUACAUCUGAUGACAAACUAAGCAAUCGCCUGAAAUCAAAAGAAACCAGCAGUGAAGAAGAAGGUAAAUAUGUGGAGAGCACACCUUAUAACAGACAGUACACAGAGGCACAAAUCCGGGCAGGGGGUGGUGAAAUCCUCAACAGUUUCAGUGAAGCACUGAGUAAAACAGGAACAAAAUGUUUGCUGAUUGCUGACCAGCACUGCAGAACCCGGAAGUAUUUCUUGUGCCUUGCUAGAGGUAUCCCCUGUGUGUCUCAUUCCUGGGUGCAUGACAGCUGUCAUGUGAAUGAGUUGCAGAAUUUCCACAAUUACCUUCUCCCUGCUGGACACAGCCUCCAAGAGGACAGGAUUUUAGAAUGGCAUGAUUCCAGCCAUCCUUUCCAUGGUUUGCGCUUUCUUGUGGUCUCAGACCAGCAAGAAAACUUUUUGGAAAUGUGGACAGAAGUUGUAAUGACUGGAGGGGCAGCAUCUGCAAAACAACAUAAUUCUACAGAUAUUAACAAAGAUGUUGCUUUGGGUGUUUUUGAUGUAGUAGUCACAGAUCAAUCAUGUCCAGAAACCAUUGUAAAGUGUGCCCAAGCACUAGACCUUCCGCUAGUUUCUGCUGAGUGGAUCAUCCAGAGUCUCAUCCAUGGGGAGAAAGUUGGUUACAAUAACCACCCGAAAUACAAACACGAUUAUGUUUCAAGUUAAGACCACACUAAUCCCACUGCCCUUUUUAACAGCUCCUUUUAUUUUUGCUGCUCUUUGCAUUGUGCAUACUGUGUUUUAGAUAGUUUUAAAUGUGUGUGUGGUUUCCCACCAUCUGCAUGUGUUUACUUGUACAUAGUUUUAACUGCUGGACUUUUAUGACAAAAUAAAUGUUGAAUUUACUUGUUUUAAACAGGUUUUAUGUCCUGUAUAUCUGAAAAUGAUAGUUGAAACAUAUUAAACAAUUUACAAAUCUUUUACAAAUUCAAAG